CCACCAUGUCAUCAAAAUCCCAGACCGUCCCGACAAGCAUCAGCGAGGUCAGUGAAGACGCGGAGCAGCUGCUGGAUUAUCACCGUCGCCAGCGGGAAGAACGGCUGCGGGACCAAGAGACUCAGAAGCUGGAAUGCCAGCGACUGGAGACCAUCCUGAGCCUCUGUGCCGGAUACCACAAAGACGGGGCUGAUGCGUUGAGGAACCGAGUAUUUGGGGGUGCAGCAGAGACCCGCCUGACUCCGUUCAGACCUGCUGUUGGGGGAGUCAGGGUCGGGGGGCCAAUCCACUCUGAGAGGAGACUUGAUGAGAAGAACAGUCCCCACAGGACCAGGAUCUUCACUCCAGAUGGGAACCAACAGGAGCAGAAGGAGACUGGAAGCACGGUGUUCCAGUCUGACAACAGCGCCCGCUGGAGGGAGAUAUCUGCUCUGAACACUCAACUGGACCAGCAGAACCACCACAGAAUCAGCAAAGAGGCAGCUCUCCAGUGCCCCCCAGAGAAGCAGGUCACUGAGCUGGACAAUUCCAGUCAGUCAAAGGUUCAAACAGUUCCGGAGACAGAGGACGUUCUUCACAUCAGUGAGCAAGACCUCCUGGGGAGCCCCCCUCACAGCGCCCCCUGCGGUCAUCCUGUCGGACUGCAGGAGGAGUAUCUGCUGCUGUCUGACGUCUAUCAGAUGUUUGGCUCUUCUGCCCCUGCUCGCCCCUGUUCUUCUGAGGACUACAUCACAGUCAGUCAGCUGAGUCAGAUCUUUGGGCCUCUGAGCUUCUCGCCUUCUUCCUCAGCAACGCUCCAGCUGGACUCGUCCUGCAGCCCCUCGACUCGCUGUGACUCAGACUCUCAGGAGCCUGAGUUGACUGGACCUGCAGUUCCCCCCCUGAACCUGGAGCGUUGGUACCAGGACAUCAUGGCUGCCUGCGAGCCGCCUCCUCUUCCAGCCAAAAGCUUUUCUUCUCGCCGUCAGUUCCAGAUGUCCAAAUCAGGCCUGGAAGUGGGCAUGACUGUGACUGAAGCACCCACAUUGGAAAAGAGCAGCUCUGCUAUGGGUUCACCGCUGAGCUUGGCUGAGACUGAUCUUCUAGAGCCGAGCUCCCGGAGCAGCCUGCAGAGCAACGAUCUCACCACGGUGUUCGAUGGUGCAGCGCCGCCCGGUGGGGUGAGGGGGUACGACACCGUGAGCCUGGAGAGUUCAGACAGUCUGGAGACCAGUGUGUCGGCCCGACACUGCUGUCUCCCUGAGAGGUCUGAGAGGGCGGAGGAGACCGUGAAGAUCCUGGAGCAGGUUCAGACUCGAGAGGAGGUUCAGGUUCACUGGCUGGUGUUGGAGAUGGAGCGCAGGAGGAGAGAAGAGGCGGAGAGGAGGCUGCAGGAGGACAGCCAACAUGUAGAGAGGCUGGUGGAGGAGGAGGUGAAGCUGAGGGAGAGGAACAUCAGCCAUGCUGAGACUCGUCCGAUGACUCGUUACCUGCCAAACCUGAAGCAAGAGUUUGACCUGCGAGCUCACGUGGAGUCGUCGGGUCACGACGUGGACACGUGUCCCUUCAUCAUUCUCACAGAGAAGAAAUGCAAAGGUCACCUGGUGAAAAUGGGCGGCAAGAUCAAGUCCUGGAAGAAGCGCUGGUUUGUGUUUGACCGACUCAAAAGGAACUUCUGCUACUAUGCAGACAAAAAUGAGAACAGAAUGAAAGGCCUCAUCUACUUCCAGGCCAUUGAGGAAGUUUACUACGAUCACCUCCGCAGCGCCACCAAGAGUCCUAACCCGUCUUUGACCUUCUGCGUGAAAACCCAUGAGCGACUUUACUUCCUGGUGGCACCGUCGGCCGAGGCCAUGAGGAUCUGGAUGGACGUCAUCGUGACAGGGGCCGAGGGAUACACUCAGUUCCUCAGCUGA